AUGCCUGCACCACGACGCAGAAAGAUCGGCCACAGGCGCCGGGUCGAAGAUGAGGGCGAUGAUGACGGUCGUCCAGAUGCGCUGGAACUUGACGACGAUUCGUUGACCGAAGGCUCACUAUCCGAUGACGAUGAUGCCGGCCAAGAUAGCGAUACCAGUAACAUCGAUGAAGCUUCACCAACGUCGCUUCAUGCCUCCAAACCUGCAAAUGGCGGCGCCGCCAAAGGCCCUUCAGCAAAACCUGCAUCAACUGCGGCAAACGGCAAUGCGAAGCCAGUCUCCGACACAGACUUGAUGUUGCACGGCUUGUCCAUUGCCGAUAAAUCCGCGCCCCCUCAAGAGAUGCAGUUCGACGAGGUCGUGGUGUCGCCGCCCAAGUCUCCUUCAGCCCCCGUUAUCGUCAGCUCGGCGUCUGCCAUGCGGCAACAGCCUGCUGCCCACGUAGAGCGGCGACGACAGGAGCACGAGGAUUAUAAACGCCGGAGAGACGAGGAUCCAGCCUUUGUGCCCAAUAGGGGCUCCUUCUUCAUGCAUGACCACAGACACGCUGGGCCUGCCGCGAACGGCUUCAGACCUUUUGGGAGAGGGAGAGGAAGGGGCGGCCGUUAUGGUGUCGGCGGCCCCUUUGCUCCAUUCAGCCACAUGCAUCACCCUUCGGAUCCAACAACAAAUUCCCAAUGGACUCACGACAUGCACGAUACAGUUGCCCAACCCGUUCCUCGUCGACCUCGACAGAUGCCAGAUGAUGAAGGGCCGCCCAACGGCAAUGGGUUCAUCCCCACGUGCGAGCCAAGCACUACGCCCAUCAAUCGGACCCUAUCCACCGAAAAACAUAUCGGCAAUGCUCAAGUCCGUGUGUCACUACCGGGAAUGAAGUCUCCCGCCGUCUUCCAUGGCAUACCUGUGAAGCAGUAUACCAAAUUGCCUGAUCAUCGUCCUCCUUUGCGGCGAGACAAGCCUGUCCGAAUCUCCUUGCCCGACCAUCCUCCGCGUUACAUCUUCCCUGCCUCCGACCGAUCCUUCACCUUCAUCCCGCGUGCCCUUCGGCCAAACCAACAGCGCAUGCGCGGCAAACCUAGGUCUACUUGGGGCUCCAUCGGCGGCGGCGGUUUUUCGAGGCGGACCAGUGUUUUCGGGGGUAGCUACUAUGGAAGCGCAUACUCGCCCAGCGUGGCUCUCAGUCGUCGAUCAUCUGUCGCCCAGGAGCGCGACUUCAUGUUCUCUCCGACAGGAUCCGUCAUUUCUAGGCCACCAAUGCCAGCUGAUAACGUUCGACCCGUAGUCCGACUCCCACCAAGCGCUGCAGCUCAACCUCCCAUGCCUGUGCAGGUACCGGCACCAGUACCUGUCCACAUGCCGGCACCGGUCCUGGCCCAGGAACAUGCUCCUGUUCAUGUGCCACCAACCGAGCAGCCGAGUGAUGCGGCAGAGUCGUCGAUUAACGAGAUUCCCCCGCCGCAAACGCACCCUCUUCCUCAGAAACCGACGGUACAGGAGAAUCGGCCAAGCUCUAUCCCUAUGCACCAACCCCGGCCACAGAAGAACAUUUCUGUUGCGGAUAUUGAGUCUCCUACAAUGACGCAGGGAGUUGGCUCCCAAGCCUUCCAGGGAGCCUUCCACCAGCAGGUUCCAGUGCAGGUAGCCAACGGGUACGGGCAGGAACCGCACACACGGAGGCCGUCGUAUCCCUCUCAACAGUCAACUGGAACACCACUGUCUCACAUCCCAGAGAGAGCUAUUCAUGCUGCACCAUUCCAACCUCAUACGUACGGGCAGCCGCAGUACUAUAGCCAGCAAGUGUACCCAACCCAGCCGCAGCAGGGAUACUACUAUCCUUCUGGAUAUUCUGGGCCCAACAUGACACCAUCUGCACCGGCGCCUGGUUUUGUACCCGGUGGCCAGCCUGGAAAUGUGUCUGGAGGCUUUGCUCCCCAGGGACAGCCGGAUCAAGGACCAGCUUCACACGGCCACGGGCAUAACCCUUCAUCUGGUUCGAACCUGGUGGCGCAAGAGGUGAACGGUAUGGUGUACUAUUACGAUGCCAGUCAGAUUGCGCCAGUCAGUUCCUACCCACCGCCAUACUCUGCGCCCCAAGGGUACCAACCCAGUGUCAUGGGCAUGGGAGGAAUGGUGACGCCAAGCCCUGACGGAUUUUACUACCCUCAACAUGCAUCCGGAAUGGUUUAUUAUCCACAGUAG